GUGUCCUUCUUGUGUUUUGGUCGAUGGCGGAAACACAUACAUGCGUGGCUGCUCGUGUUAGAUUUCAACAUAAAUAAUAUUAAAACUGGUCAAUAUUGAUUUCUAAUGACAAUACAAAUAUCCAGAAUAAUAGUUGGUGAUGUGAUAAAGUAAUAUGACACAGUAGUAGUGACAUAAUGGACACCAGUGGAGCCGAAACGCCGAGCACAGCUUACAAAGUUUUCACGUUUGAAGACAGCAAGAACGACAGACAGGAAUCACUGUGUGUGUCCAUACCUGAGGUUCUGGAUCCACAGUAUGGGAUGUAUGUGUGGCCCAGUGCUGUGGUUCUGGCUCAGUAUCUCUGGACUCACAGAGAGCAGCUGAGAGACGAGACGGUGCUGGAGCUCGGUGCAGGUGUGAGUCUGCCAGGUGUGGUGGCUGCCAGGUGCGGUGCGAAGGUGAUCCUGUCCGACAGCACGAGGAAUCCUCUGUGUCUGGAGAACUGCAGGCGCAGCUGUGAGGCCAACGGCCUCCGUGAUGUGGACGUGUUGGGUCUCACCUGGGGGGAAAUCUCACCUGACCUCGUUCUGCUUCCUAAACUGGACGUCAUCCUGGGAUCAGAUGUUUUCUACGAGCCGCAGGAUUUUGAAGAUGUCAUCGUCACUGUUGCUUUUCUUCUAAGAAAGAACCCCAGAGCCCAGUUCUGGACCACAUACCAGGAGAGAAGUGCUGACUGGUCGAUUGAAGCUUUGCUCCACAGGUGGAAGAUGAACUGCGUCGAAGUUGGUCUGGAAACAUUUGCUGCAGAUAAACCUGAGCUGGCUGGAUCGACUCUGCCGGGCAGCCACAGCAUCGACAUGAUGAUCAUCACACUGAAGACGGGAGACGACGAGCAGCGACAGAUUAUCUGACGUCUCCCAGAGGAACAACGAGUGCCACAUCUGGGACAAGUUAUAAAAAAGAAAGAAGAAGCAGAAAGUAUUAUUUUAUAUGUUUACAGAGAAACAAACAUGGAGAGUUUAGAAUAAAGUCACAUUUUAUAUGUUUAAUAAAAAUAUGAACUGAAUCUUGACGUGUUUUCAGUCUCUAAAAUGACGUUUUUUUACAGGAACAUCACAUUUCCACUCUGUCAGUUGGUACAAACACUCAACAUGUUUCUGCUCAGAAUCACUGAACCAGGAUCAGAUUGAAAUCUGAUUUUUCCUCUGCUGAAGCCUGAGAGUGAACGUGAGGCUCACUGACUGAUUCUUUGUCUGAGACGUUGGAAAAAUCCAUCAUGAGCUUCAGAAGUGUUUUCAUUACUAAAGACGCGAUAUUAUUACUAUUUCAGGAUGAUAAGAGCAUGUCUGAAGCUGCAGGAGGAGCCAGAGACUACCUGAUAUAUUGAGGUUUUAUCUUUGUUAUAUUUCUUAGACGUUAUAUUUCUCAUCAACUGAUCCAGUUUCUUCCUCUGCACGUUUCUGAAUGAAACUUUCCUGAUGGGAUAU